AUCAAUCACGCACCUUUUUCUUUGUGAAAGAAUACACGUUUUCAUAUUAAACUCAAACUCGCAAUGAAGAAACUGCGAUCGUCGCAGAAUUCCGGUUGGACUUACGAUCCGAUCGAGGGUAAAACGGAAUCGCGAGGGAUGCUAUCGAUGAGAAAAAAGAACAAUCAAAACGAAACGAAUCUACGAUUAAUUGGGAAGAAAAGCAGUGGCCACGAAGCGAAUUUUCAGAAUAGUGACAGCGAUCAUUAUUCUGAAAACUCGAUUUCUAUUAGCAACACAAAUGACAAUGAGAAACUGAAAUCAAUUGGCGGCAAACGUUCAACGGAUUUGUCGAACACUGCAUCGAAAUCAAUGGACAUUGUUGUCGAUAUUCAUCAAAAGCCACUUGAUAUUAAAGAGAAAACUACCGAGAAGAAACUUCCUAGCUUAUCGUCAAAAGAAUUUGAAAAUCGUAAAGUAUUUUCGAAAACGAACACUAUCCGACAGAAAAGGGUCGAGAGGCCAAGGCUCUUGUCCAUCAAGCAACAGAAUUUUCAACAAGAGGAUGUGGAUUCGUUAGACUUGAUAGAGGAAUUUAAAGUAUCUCCUACAAAUACUGUUAAGAGGAUAGAAACAUCGAGAAACAAUAAGACAAUGAAGAACAGCGAUCAGUCCUCUGUGGAGGAAAAGUUGCAGAGUAGGAGGCAAUGGGCUGCGCCGAAGGAACAAGAAAACGACUUAAAGAAACCGGCACGAAAGCGUUGGUCAAAAGACACGACUGUUAUUCGGUUGCCAGAGGCGAGGAGCAAUUCUUGGACCGUCGCGUCACCGAGAAGCCCGGUUAUUAAAGAUCUGGAACAGUCGUCAUCGAAACAGGACACGUACGCUUUCGAUAACGCGGCCUUCGAUUCGGAGAACGAAGAGAUUAUGAGGAUCGAAACCGAUCACAACCGAAAGGACACGAGAAUCGAGAUGAAGGAGAUCGGCCACGAGACUUCACAGGUAGAGCUUUUGAAUUUUGUUAGCUCUCAAGACUCGCCUAGCAAUGAGACUUUCAAGGAGACGGUGAUAACGAUCGAGGAUUUGAACGAGUCUGCAGAUCUCUUUGAGAAUCGAGACAGGAACGAAACAUCGAAUAGAAGAUAUUCUAACGUCAGUUCUUCCAAAAAUCGUGAGUCAAUAAAUAAAAGAGAAAACAUAGUCGAGGAGAAUGGAAAGAGUAUUUCUGAUGAUUCGAACACUGUACAAAGUCUCGAAGAGAUCACAGCUCGAUCCGAAUAUCAUUCUUCCGAAGGAUCAAUGAACAAUGCCGGAUCGUUAAUAAGUAAAAGAAGCAAAGAGCAUAAAAAGUAUUCGAAGGGGCGUUCGGUAUCUCUAACGGAAGAUGAAAGUAAUGAUUUUGACAAAAGUCACUUGAGCCUCUCCGGUCGAUCAGUGAUUACCUCGGACGAUGACUUCGACGAAAAGAAGUUGAGAAGUUCCAGCGUUAAAACGCAAAGGUCGACAUACACAGAGCGUGAACCUGAGACGCGGCAAAAAAAGGAGAAGAGGAGGAAGACUCGUAAGGAUCUGACGUCCACGCGUUCUCCGGACUCCGUCAACGAUGACGAUGACUCUAAAAAGAAAAAGAAGAAAAAGAAAAGUAAAAGAGUGAAAUACAUUUCUGUAACGAUUCAUAGAACGGAUAUGUUGGAGAUAGACUAUGUGACGAAACAUCCUAUGGUAAAGAUUCACAUAGUGAACGCUGAGAAUGGGAAGUAUUUAAAAAACGAGAGCGGCACGAGCACGCGUUUGCAGCCUAUAAUAACGGCGAAGUUUGAUUUUAAAGAAAACAAGUCUAUAAUCCCGGUAUGGGAGGAAGAACUAGUCUUUGAACAUGAUUUUGACGAUCUCUUGAAGAAGGAUAAUGAACAAGUAGUGAUACUAUUUGAAAUCGUCGAUCUGUUGAGUUUCGCCGAGGCGAGCUUCAAUUACGACAAAUUUGGUCACGAGGGUUGUUGGUACAAAGUUGCCUGGGCUUUCCUGAAACCAGUGGGAAGAAAUAAUACUGUACACGUUGAUAAGAAAGUCAGAUUGCAGUUGUAUAAGCCUCGUAGGAAUUCGCAGAAAUUUGAGAGAUUCCAUACGUGCGAAGUGUACACGUGGUGGAAAUCGAACAUCCGGGAAAAGUAUCCCAGCAGCUUGUUCGUCACCGUGACGUCCAUCGAUCCCCCGAAAUUAGAACCCGUUUUCUAUCGGCAAUUAUCGUUGCACGAGUUAUCGAAUACACGUAACGAGAUGCAAGGGUCUACCACGCGUGCCUCGGACACGUUAAAUUUCCCGAAAUGGACAAGAUUGGCCGCGCAGUCUUGCAAAGUGCCGAACGAAAUCCUCUUCGAGACGGACACCAGCGAGAACGGAUGUUUCUACGUCGCUUUCAGCAGCGACGGGAAAUACUUGGCAUGCAGUCUAUCCGAGGAACACGAUUACCCAAUCGUAGUUUACGAAGUCGAAGCAAAGAAGAUUCACGUACGAUUUUCAGGACACAAGACUUUUAUUUACUCCCUGAACUGGUCCAAUAAUGACAAUUACUUGUUGUCUGUUUCCUCGGAUCAAACUGCUCGCAUUUGGGACGUACAGAAUCAAAUUGUGCAACAUAUAGAAAUGAUGCCCCAUCCAUCGUACGUCUACUGUGGCAAAUUCGAUCCUGAGAACGCCUCGAUAGUAGCAACCGGAUGUUACGAUCGGAUAGCGCGCAUCUGGGUACGCGAUAAAAAGUUAAAGAACCGCGAUCUCAGUCAAGAAUUGGAGGGUCACGAGGGCUACGUGAAUUCCAUGUACUUUCAAAAGAACAGCAAUUUGCUGACAGCGGACAGUGUCGGGGUAAUAAUAAUAUGGAUGUUGAAAAGAGGCCGUAAGCUAUCAUCUAGGAAGGAGUGGCACAUAUCGCGGAAGAUAAAAGUAAGAGAAAUUGACGGUGUGAUAAUCAACACGAUCGUUUUACAUCCCCUGGAAUCGAGACUUCUCGUUCACUCGCGGAACAAUGGACUGAGUAUGCUAGACCUCGCCACCGGGGUGGUGUUACAAAAAUAUAAUGAAUUAAACAAUCAGAGAAUACAAUCAACGGCCUGUAUUUCUCCAUGCGGCAGCCUGAUCCUUUGCGGAGGCGAGGACUCGUCUCUGAACGUGUGGAAUUUAGAAACCGGGAGUCUUUUAGCGAAAUACACGUUCCAUCGGAACUAUAGAGCGGUAACAUGUGUGGAUUAUCAUCCGUACGAUCACGUUCUAGCGUUCUCGACCUUCGGCAGUCCCUCGUCGGUGAGAGUAUUAAAAUUUAAUAAGGAUGUCACGGGCGAGGUGGUAGGAUUGAAAAUAAUAACGGACGUCGAGACCACGGUGAACAGCGGCGACAUUUCCAUGAGGUUUUUAAACACGUCCGCGACUCCUGAAGAAAAAUCGCGAUCGAUCGACAAGAACGACUCCGAGAUUCCGAAAGGGAGAAAUCUUCAAUCUAAUCGAAGUCACAAUUCUAGUCAUCUUAGAUCUACUGAUAAUACGUUUUCGGACGAAGAGAAAUACAGUAACGCGAAAAUGAAACUGAAACGGUUGAACGAGGCCGGGCAAACGUUGAAAAAUCGCAGCGCGAACCGUUUGUAUAAUAUCAUAGAGAAGAUAGAUAGGAUUUUGUCGAACACGUCGAGAUCGUCCGGAGACAUCGAAUUAGGAAGGAAUCUCGGUUCUCUUCAGGAAUCGAGCGAGGGCAAAACCUUGACGAGUUUGAACGAGGGUGUAGGAGAACGGAGAUGGAAACCGAGGAUUUUCAGUAUAGAAGAUCAAUCGAAUUCUUAUUUAGAAUCGAGUACAACGUGCAGCGAUAAACACGAACUUAUAGAGUGUCAUCCCUUACAUGACAGGAAGUCGACUGACCGAAAUAGGAAGAAGAGAUCGAGGAGUGCGAAACAAAUAAGAAACAGUAACGUAUCCGUAGAUGAUUUGCCAAAGACUUUCUCCGACAGUGCUGCAAAUUAUCAGAAAAACAAAGUAUACGACGAAAUUACGAACAGUUCGUCGGACGAGAAUAUCGUGUCUAAUUUUAUUAUUGAUAAUCGAAAAUCGGUCGAUCGUAGGCACAACCGUUUCAGGAAGAACACUUCGAAUUCAUCGGAUAGCACCGGUACAUAUAUAAUAGAAAAAAAAGAAACGGGGAACGACGGCAUUUUGAAUAGCACAGAGAACUGUUUGGACGUCGGUGUUAAACAUUUCGGGAGCGAUAGUUCUGUGCGCAGUAAUGCUACUUUUACUUUUGAAAAUGAGAGACCUAUACCGAAGCCUAGAAGAAAGAGUAAAUCUAGUCUGAAGUAAAUUUACUCUGAAGCAAUGUUAUUAACUUAUGUAUGUUAUGUAUUAAUUUACUUAUGAAUUUGUAUUCUGAAGAUACUUCAUCAUGUGUGUACAGCUUUCCAAUAAAUGUUUUUUUCAAUAAAAUGUAAUUGACCUUUUAUUACCGUUUAUAAGCAAUCUCAUUUGUGCAUUUAACGCACGAAGUUAGUUGGGUAAUUGAUUGUACGUACGUCGAAAAUUUUGCACAAUGCCGAAGAACGGUUUAUCAGGAUUUAUAUUCGGGCGUUGAACGAAUUGACGUGCGAUACAUUUUAAGUAGUAUUAAUUUCGUUUAAAGCAUGGGGUCUUUCUUCGGAGGAAUAGCAAAAUUCUCUGUGAACAUAAUUAUCUUACCUUUCCUCUACCUAACGUAUUUGUACGGCUUGUAUAUAUCGCACUUGAUUAAUGUAGGACUAGCACUUUACUUGCUUCUGAUUUUCAAACUAACUGGUGUGCAGAUAAGUAUCGAAAACGACGAGACCGAUGACGAUGAUGAGGUACGAAUAUAUUUACUAAUCAGAACAAUAUCGGAUUGAAUUUUUGCUGUGACAUUGUCAACGCACAACCGUCGUUCUGUCAACUUUAUAGAAUAAUGAGAGAUCGAAACAAUAAUCGGUUUACCCCUAAUUUCGCUACAUAUAAUUAAAAAUUGAAUCUCGAGAAAUAGAAAUGGGCAGUAUAUUGACAACUUUGGCUAGCAUUGGGAUCAGUAUCGUAUUUUAUCCUUUCCUAUUUCUCUGUUACAUCUACAUACUUUUCAUUAUGAUCAUUUUCAAUAUCGUACACUCGUUCUAUAUUUUCCUCAUUACGUUGCUUAACGGCUUAGAAGACAGCACAUAGCGUAUAUCGAUUAAGAUUUAUCACGUGAGUUGUUUACAUAAUUUUCAAAUAGAAAUACGAUUUUCAACUAUUUCUCGAAUCGACUUGUCGCCUAUUUCUAUCUCACAAAAAUCUAUAUUAUUGAACGUGUUACUUCCAGGAUUUUCAAGAUGCCCUGUCCAAUAUCGAAAUCGGAGAAACUUCUACUGCUACAGAAUCUCAACGAAACUGAUACAAAUUUCAUGCUUUCCCUUAUAAUUAUGUUAAUGUGACAAGAAAAAUCUUACAAACUGUCCCAUAUUAUAUUUGUUCGAAAUGUGUAAAUAAAAAGCCCUAUAUUUAAGAUCUUCGUUAUAUCGCGAAAGUGCAGUCAAUGUAUGCCAGAAAUGUCCAACAAGUAGUUGAACAAACGCGUAAUAAUGUACAAGAACAGUAAUUAUUAUGCAAUACUUACGUAAAGUAAUAAAUCCGUCGUAAUUAA